CUCUCACACACACGUCGGCGUACGCUCUCUUUCUGGCUGACGUUGCGCAUGCUACGGCAGCGGCAGAAAAAACAACGCGAGAUAAAGCGGCAGCUAUUUUUGUAUGGGUCGUCGGAACAUCGAAACGUUCACACGGACAUCGGAAAAUACGCGGAGCGCAGCGCACUGCCAGUUGGAAAAUCACUAUCAGCAAGGCAAAUAAGGCACGGAGAAAGGGAGGAAAGAAGGGAAUUAAGCCAAAGUACACGGAAAGGUCGAAGAAAAGCCAGAAAAGCAAUGACGAAAUGAUUUGAAUUCGCUUGGCACUCGCAGUCAACGCGCAUAAUCGUAGCCAUCGCACACACACAGGCGAACGGGCCCACACACACACACAGGCGAGAGCGAGUGCGAUUGAGUAAGGGUGAAAGGGGCGGGCGGAAUUGAGUGGGCGCAGCAGCAACAACAAAAAACAACAAGAACAAGACGACAACAAUCGGCAAUUGCCGUGCAAACUGCACGGGAAAACACAAACAAUGCGGAUACGCGAGAAGCGCAAGUUGCAGAGGGAGGAGAAGAGGGGGGAGAGGGAGAGGGAGAAGAAGGAGCACAAGGAGUCCUCCAAGACGCAGGACAACAACAACAAGGAGAAGCACACCGACACGGAGGGUCCCACACCAGCUCAUGCGCCUGCGCCUGCUCCGCCGCCCACUUCGACCACACCACCCAGCCUGCCGGCAGCCGAGAAGGUGGCCUUCGACAACCGCAUCAAGCGCAAGAAUGUCCUGGCCCUCAACGAAAAGGUGGCCGCUCUGCGGGAGUACGAUCGUCUGCCAGUCUACAAGCACGUGGGCCGGCUGUUCAACUGCAGUCCGGACCAGAUCAAGCGGAUCGUGCAGCAGCGCCAGGAGAUCCUGAACGCGUGGGACCAGCGGACGCGCCGCAGCCAAGAUGCCAAGACCAUGGAGACGAAGACCGUGCGAGUAUCGAUGCUGGGCAAGGCCGUCUACGACUGGAUGCGGCGCAUGAUGUACUACAAGGACUUUAGCAUCUCCGACGGACUCAUUCAGAAGAUGGCCUUGCAGUUCAAGAGCUCCAUGGGCCUGGCGCACUUCUUCCCGCACCAGGAGUGGUGCGACAAGUUCCGGCGCACCUACAGCAUCCAGCACAGCGACACCAGGCUGCUGAAGAUCGGCUACACGCAGGGCUACUCGGUGCAGAUCAAGGACAUCGUCAAGGACGUCAUGUCCGAGUGCAUGCCAGAGAGUGGGCAGCGAAGCGAGGCGCACGAGGACGACGAAGAAGUCAGCUUGGGCAGUCCGCUGAGCAGCAAUCCCCGCAGCUGCGACGACGACGAGGAUGACGAAGUGGAUGUGGACGGUGGCGGUGUCAGCGGUAGGGAGGAUGACCUGGAGGAGGAGCCCGAUGUGAAACCCUCGUUGAGUGAACUCAAUUUGGCCAGAGCUCUGCAGCCCUUGCCGCCUUUGGUAAGACUGCCCCUGCAAACCAACGCCCCGCCAGGCACGUCCCAAAAAGUGCUCCUGGCCACGCCCAUUGUGCCGCCGCAGGCGGGUGGACAGCCCAUGACCAUGACCAUCAUACCACUGGCCACUCUGGCCCAGAGCAUCACACAGAUUCCCACCCCGCAGCAGCAGGACAGGGGUCCUGCGGUGCCGCCGCCCAAGCUAGAAAUCAAGCAGGAAAAGGACAUAAAAAUGGAGCCCAAAGAUCCAGAAGAGUGUUUCGAGGAGCAGUCGGAAGCGAAGCUGCAGCAGAACGAAGCCCAAGCACCAAGCGAGGAGUUCGAAACGCCAACCGCAGUGCUAAUUAAAGAGGAGCCAGAGCCUGAGCCUGAGCUGGAAACGGAAAUUGAAGAGGAGCCAGCGGAUCUCGAUGAUGAUGCGAACAAUGGACGCUCUAGUGUCACCUCGCUGGCCGAGGUCCUGGCCGCCAAUGUGGAGGACGAGAUGGAGUACAUUGAACGGAUGCGACAGCGCAAGACAAGUUCUCCGGCGGCGAUCGAAAAGCCGCUAAUUCCUCGCAAGGGCACCAAACGCCGCCAUGAAUCCGGCCAGGACGACAACAACAACGGCGAAUCCGGCCAAGGAAGUAGAUCAUCCAGUGUCAUCAGCUGCGCCGAUGCCCGCAAGUACCUAAAGCUCCUCAAGGAGUUUGCUCUGGACAAGGAGGACUACCGGCUGAUUGGCCUGAUCACACGAGCCGGUGAAGUGAUGCGCGAAAUGGAUGACAAUGUGGCGUAGGAUGAGCCGAACAGCACGAGUUGGCCGAGGAGAGACAGCUGCAGCCAAAGAGCAUUAGCGAAGCAAACUGGUGUAUCUAGAAGAUGCAGAUCGGUCGGAUGCAAUCAAUCAUUAGAUCUAAGGUAACUAAUUUGUACGCAAACCCAAUAAACGCAAUCAAACUUAUGUCUGCGCUUCAACGUAGUUAUCGAGGCCUGAAAUCCAA